AAACAACAAAUAAUUUUAAUUUUACAUCACAAUUUUCAGUUAAUUUAUAUUUAGCUGAUUAUACAAGGACUAAUGGAGGCUUUUCAGGGAUGAAUUCAUUGAAUUGUGUAUCAAGUAAAAGUACGAAGAAGAAAAAAUCAUCUCUAGAAACAAGAAAUGAGAAGAAAGAAGCAUUCAAUAUGGCAGAUAAACCUGACAGUGAGUCACCUUCACCGUCUGUAAAUAGAUCAGAUUCAUUGAUUGAGGAAACACAUGUUACCGAUGCUGAGCCCGGGCAUACAGGAAGUAUUGGAAAAGAACAAAUGGAAAACAUUGAUGAUUCACACAGUGAACAUGAUAUAAGUGGGAGUGAAGAAAAAACUCAAAAAUCUUGUGCAAAGGAUAUUACAGAAGUAGAGAUUAGUGGUGAUACUAUUGAAAAUAAGGAAAAGUCUGAGAUUAAUCUGGAAGAAUUAGGAUUUGUAGAGGUGAGUGAGUCUGAUGUGGUAGGUAUGGCAUCGGUUAAUGCUGGGAAAGUGAAGUUUGAUAUGGAAGUCGAAGAUGAGACUGUUGAAGUGUUUAGUGAAUUUGUUGACAUGAGGUCUGUGAUUGGAGAUAUAAAAGUUAAACACAGUGAUGAAGAAAUUGUAGAGAUAAGUGGAGAACUGCAUGUUGCAAUACUUGAAGAGGCAUCAGAAAAAGCAAUAUAAAGCUG